UAAUUGGAACACCACAGCACUAUGAAUUGGUCAAACACUGAGCACAAGCAACCCAUUUUUGUGCAGUGAUGGUGGCAAAAGCAAUGGUGGGAUUGGAAGACAAAGGUGAAGAGCAGAAUCAAAUAACGCCACCCCGAUGCCACAAAGGAACUCGUGGCUCAGAAUCCCCUCCUCCCUGCUCACGUGGCCUCCUUCUUCCUCCUUCCCCUUCCUCCUCUGCUAAACCCCGCGACGGCUGAGAAAAGAACACGAGGAGGCGAGCUGAGACAGAGCACUUGAACAGGGGAGACAAAAACAGGGGAGUCCAGAAGAUGUCAGAGAACAGAGAAAGCGCGAUCAAGCUCUUCGGCAUGACGAUCCCCCUGCAGCUUACCAGCAGCGGAGACGACGACGAGGAUGUCGACAAGGAAGACGCUACUGCUACAUCACAAGAACCAGAGUCGCAGGACAAGAACGAGUCCGCCACAUGUUCCAGCGAGAUCCAUAAACCAGUUUCCGCCGAUCAAGAAGACGCGUCGUCGACGAAGAACCCCACGAAGACGGCGGCCGAAGGUGUGAAGAAGACGGAGAAGAUCCUCCCUUGUCCUCGGUGCAGAAGCCUCGACACCAAGUUCUGCUACUACAACAACUACAACAUCAACCAGCCGCGGCACUUCUGCCGGAACUGCCAACGGUACUGGACCGCCGGGGGCACCAUGAGGAACGUCCCUGUCGGAGCCGGUCGCCGCAAGAGCAAGCACUCCUCCCACUGCCGCCUCCAAGCUCUUCGGCCCGACACCCACGAACCGGUCCAUUACACCUCUCUGAGGCCAAACGGCACGGUUCUCAGCUUCGGCACGGAUGCGCCGGUGGCAGAGAAGGCGAACGGCUGCAACAAGAACAGUGGUGAUGAGCUGCAACAGGAGAACGAAGGAUCGACCGCUCCAGUUCCUUGUUUCAGUGGAUCUCCCUGGCCGUAUCUUUGGGCGCCGGCUCCGCCUCUCUGUGCUUCGACCUUUCCAGUUGCGUUCUACCCGGCUGCGGCCUACUGGAGCUGGAGCAUCCCAUGGCCGUCUUCCUUACCUCCUUCCUCCCCUAACUACAGAGGAUUAGGAUCCAGUUCUACUGCCUCAGGCAAGCACUCGAGGGAUGCAAGCAUGAUCGAGAGCAGCAUUCACAAAACACCGAGGAGGAUCGAUGACCCGGAAGAAGCCGCAAAGAGCAGCAAGAUCGACGCAGUCAGCAACGGAGGGCUCCUCAAGGCCUUCCAGCCUAAGCUAUACGUCAAGAACCAAGUGCUAGAGACACCAUUACUGGUUCUCUGCUUAAUACCAGACGCGGGCUUCGGCAGCAGCGAGUGGCUCCAACACGCCGACCUCGCGGAGGCGGCGCCGUCAUCCGCCACCAUCUGGUUGGAGCCUGACACCUGA